AAUCAGCCACUUCUUGCUUGCCAAAACUGUCCAUUAACUUGGAAAAAGAAAAGAAAAUGAUUUUCUGUCUGAGAUGCCGUCGUAAACUUACAGUCUUCGUGAAGCCUCCGUGCUUUUACUUGUCACUGUCUUCAGAAUUUAGGGUUUCCGUAAACUCUGCGUUUCGUGGAAGAUCGCUCGCUCGCUCGCCUCCCCCGAACUCUCCGGACUCCGCCGCCUCCUUCUCACCGCCCGGCCGAUCGCCGGACGGAGAGCGAAGAAGCUCCGAGAAGAAAGAAAGUUGGACGGGGAAAAGGGGGAGAGGGGGGUCGUUACUCGCGUUAGGCAGCAACGUGUCCAGCCGCCUUGCCACUUUUAGCUUCCUCUUUUCUCGGAUAAGAGCUGAGAAAUUUCUAGCGGUUGUCAUUUUCGAUUUCUUGGUUCUGGUUUCUCCUCCGACGAAGGUGCGUUCAUGCUUUCUUUUACCGCUUUUUCCAUUUCUCGCCGAUCACUGAGUCUCCCCGUUGAAGAAUUAAUAGUAGGAGUCGAACAAUUUGGGAAAUUUUAUAGAUUGGAUUGGAUCCGUCUUACUUCUCCUCCCCUUUCUGUUGUUGAUUGAUACAGGGGGAUUCUGGUGGAUCUUUUGGGCGAUGUUUGUUUUUGGACAAUAGAUGAACUGAUUAGUUAUGAGAUUGUAUCUUGAAUUUGGGGGUAGAGGAGGGACACUGGUUUGCUUGGGAAGGAGGUAAAAGAUGCCGUCUGCCAAUUUCUCCAAGCUGAGAGCUGCUGUUCAGAAUGGGAUUCAGAGGUCAUUCGUAGGGCCAGAGAACAGGGUUCAGGAGUCCAUUGAUAUUCUGAUUGGGCAGAGCAAGUUUCAUUUCUGUAACUAUAAGCUGCUGCAUACCGUUCGGAUUGCUUCCCUGACAGACCUCCAGCUGCUUUGGAGACCCGGUAUUGUUUCUACAGCUGGAGCUGAUUCAUUGGUGCUUAACAGGGAGAGGAAUAUCUCUGUCGUUGGAGCGCUCUCGCGCACCUUCUCUGUACCGUCUGUUUCAGGUCCAUCAUAUCAAGUUGCUGGUUAUCACAUCGAUCGUGCUGUUUGUGACACUGGUGCAAUCUCAGCAGGGAAGAAGCUAAAGAACAGCAACAUGGCUGCUUCUGUGCAAAAAUCUUUUCUUGGUGAGAGCCUCUUGAAGAGCCUUACUUCAAAAAAGGGUUCUUGUAUACCUUGCUCAACCAGUAGUGAGAACAUCGCUUUUGGAAAUAGAAGUUUCAAAAUGGCCAGCAUGAGCUCAACAAGUUCUGAACAGUGUUCGUCUAACUCUCCAGUUUAUGGGUACUUGGCAUAUCACGCGGCAAACAAGUGGUUAGGUGUUUCUUCGAACAUAGAGAUGGCAGUGAGGCAUUUCCAUAGCUCCUCUUCAUCAUGCUUUUCCGCUGGAUCUGCUUCUAAUGUGAAUUAUGAAAGCUCGAACCGUGAGGAAAGGCUUGAUGUUGGUGCUUCAGAUUCAUCACAAUCAAAGCUCUCAGGAAGGUCACUGAAACUACUCUCUGGAUCAUGCUGCCUGCCUCAUCCUGACAAGGAAGAAACCGGUGGAGAGGAUGCUCACUUCAUCUGUUCAGAUGAGCAAGCUGUAGGGGUGGCUGAUGGCGUUGGUGGUUGGGCCGAUCUUGGUGUUGAUGCAGGAUUGUUUUCGAGGGAACUCAUGUCUCAUUCGGUUGAUGCAAUCCUGGAGGAGCCCAAGGGAUCUGUUGACCCAGCUAGAGUCUUGGAGAAAGCUCACUCUAGUACAAAAGCUAAAGGUUCCUCCACAGCUUGCAUCAUAGCUCUCACAGAAGAGGGUCUACGUGCUAUCAAUUUAGGGGACAGUGGCUUUAUGGUGAUUCGAGAUGGCUGCACCAUUUUCCGCUCUCCUGUGCAGCAGCAUGACUUCAAUUUUACAUUUCAGCUCGAGAGUGGAAAUAAUGGCGAUCUACCUAGCUCCGGCCAGGUAUUCACUGUCCCCAUUGCUCCUGGAGAUGUAAUUGUUGCAGGGACAGACGGUUUGUUCGACAACCUUUACAACAACGAGAUCACAGCAGUAGUUGUGCACGCCGUGAGAGCUGGGUUUGGGCCACAGGUGACGGCUCAGAAAAUAGCCGCAUUAGCACGACAACGAGCACAAGACAAAGACAGGCAGACCCCUUUCUCAACUGCUGCACAGGAUGCUGGAUUCCGUUACUAUGGGGGCAAGCUCGACGACAUCACUGUCGUCGUCUCUUAUAUUACCAACGCCGACGAGGAGCGCAAGCAGGCUUCUUAGGAAUCAAUUAUGGACGCAUUUUUGUCUUCUUGGUGGGUUAGUCAACUAUCUCCUGUUAGUAAUUUGAGAUUGUUCCCCUGUCAAAACUUGAUGCCUUGUAAAUACUCCCCAGCUCUCUUUCUCUUCAUGUUGUACUCUUAGUUGAUUCUAGCUACGUUGGCACACUGCUGAAGAAUGAACGGACUAGUUUCCA